AAGGCUGCAGCCAAGGCAAGGUGCCCGUCCGCAGACCUCCCCAAGGCGCUGCCGAAAUCUGUGACAAAGGGAACAUCACAGCAAAUGCAGCUUCUCACGUGCAGCUGGGAACCCGUGUCACCCUCUCCUGCCAGCUGACGGCCCCGCGUUACCCCAAGCAGUGCAGGACGGCUCUGUUUGUUAACAGCUUGGAACUAAUUAGCAAUUAUGCAAGCGCCGAGUUUCUAGUCAGGACAUACGGCAAGCACAUGUUUUCGUGCAAACUGGUUUGUGAAGACAAGAAGAAACUCAUCUGUGGAAUCGAUAUAGAAUCUGGAAACCCUCCAGAGGAGCCACGAAAUGUGUCGUGUGUCCAGCAUGGGAUGGACGGACAUCCCGUCUGCACCUGGGAGAGAGGAAGGCUCACGUACAUCCACACCACCUAUGUGAUACACCUGUCGAAUGGGACAGAUGACUUCUGCAUUUCAGAAGAAGGUGGGAAUAAGAAGGUUGUUUCGCUGGCUCUGGGCAAAUUGAAUUUUGACUCUACUUACACCCUUGUGGCUGCCGCCUCCAACGAGCUGGGAAGUGCUUUUUCACAGCCGUUCGUGUUCACGUUACUAGACAUAGUGAAGCCGCAUCCUCCCGACUUUCGAGUGGAAUUUGAAAAUUCUUCUGCGACCAGCUGCAUCCUUUCUCGGCACGGCGCGACCAAAGCGCAGCACUGCAGGCUGAGGUAUCGGCCCCUCACCAGCAGCGCUUGGAGCAUGGUGGAAAGAUUGAAGAGUGAAAAAUUCCAUCUUUACGGUCUGGAGCCUUACACAGACUAUGAAUUUGAGGUCAGCUGUAAAAUCCAUCCUGAGAGAGGACUAUGGAGUAACUGGCGCACGUAUCGGACACGGACUCCAGAAGCAGUGCCGACCGGGAUCCUGGAUGUCUGGUACCGGCAGCAGGACGUGGAUAGCCAAAGACAGAACAUUUCUCUUUUUUGGAAGGCUCUGAGCGAGCAGGAGGCGAGAGGAAGAAUCCUGCGGUACGCAGUCACCUUCGAAGCCCUGGGACCACAGAGCCGGCCAGUGGCAGAAACGCACCUCAGCACCCAAACCAGCUACACCAGAGUCCUGCCGAGGAGGGGCUACAAGGUGACGGUCACCGCUGAAAACUCCAGGGGCAGGUCCCCUCCUGCAUCCAUCAUGACUGAGCUGGGCACCCAGGACCUCCCUCCUCCUCAGAAUGUCUCUGCCGUAGCCAUGGGGAACAGCAGCAUCUUCGUCAGCUGGAGACCACCCGUCAGCUCAGUCGCCUCCAUCAGCGGAUACGUGGUGGCGUGGGCAGACGGGGAGGGGAACGCACCCCAGGAUCUCCCUCCAGGCUGGGUGAAGCUGCCGGCAUCCAACCUGUCCACUGUGAUAGCAGAGCGCAUAAACGACGACACGUGCUAUCGGAUCAGCGUGUUUGCGCUCUAUCAGGACAGAGCUGGCCAAGCAGCAUCGUUUUGGGGAUACUCAAGGGCAAAAGCACCGGCAGCCGGACCUCAGAUGAACGUGACGCCGAAGGCCAACGGUAUCUUGGUGUCGUGGGAAGCCAUCCCUGCCCACCAGCAAAGGGGCUGCAUCACCGGGUACAACAUUUACCUGCAGAAAAAGGACGAGCAGGCAACCCCAACCGUCUACGCCGUCCCUGGUGUGACAGCCCAGCGCUGGUGGCACGUCCCUGACCUGCAGCCCGGCGAACUCUACCUCCUGUGGAUGACGGCUCUGACGGCCGCCGGCGAGGGACCUCGUGGCAACGACCAGCUCUUCCGCUUGCCAAGUGCUGGGGACUGGGUGACCGUUGUGCUCAUCUGCAGCUUUUUCAUCGUCUCGGUCUGCGUUUGCUCCGUGCCUCCAGCAAGAAAAGCAUUCUGCUCAUUCCUCUCCGUCUUCAUGCCGCAGUGGCAGAGCAAAGCCAUUCCAGACCCAGCUAAUGCCACCUGGGCUAAGAACUACAUGUCUAUGAAGGCAGAGCUGAUCUUGCCCUCCAGCCUGUUCCUGCCCAGCGCCAGCAGCUUCGAAGAGCCCGAAACAACCCAAGUAGAGGAAGCUUUCGUGAAGACCGAGCCCCUAGUCCCGCUGGACAAGGUCCCCUUGGGUGUCGGGAGGGGAAGCAGCGAGUGGCUGGAGAGCAGCUCGGGGCAGGAGGAGCCGGAGCACCGGGCUCUGCCCAGCGAGGCAGAUGAGGAGGGUUACGAGCAGGAGCUUCCCGACCUCUACAAGAGGAUGGUGCUGGAGGCGACAGAGCAGAUGCAGAGUGUCAGUGAGUACAUCGCCAACCCGGUCAUCGCCGCAGACACACCCCCGGUUACGGGCGAUGCACUGGAGUGCGACCCCCUCUCUGUCUUCCCAACGACUUUUGUGACCUCUGCGCUUUCCUAUGAAGGGAAUCUCACUUUGGAUACGGUGAAAAUAAACCGCAGCUCUUUCACAAGGUAA